AUGCAUAUCUUAGUUGUCAACGACGACGGUCCGCCGUCACAACAGUCCUCCCCGUACAUCCACUCCCUCGUGAAAUCGCUGCAGUCCGCCGGUCACACCGUCUCCGUCGUCCUUCCCCACCAGCAGCGAUCAUGGAUCGGUAAAGCUCACCUCAUCGGCGCCGCCGUCAAGCCGACCUACUUCCGCCCGGGCACCCUCCACCAAGACGACGGAACCACGCACGAAUACCCCCAUGGCAUGAACGAGGGCGACGAUGAGAGCUACGACGGAGACGAAUGGGUGCUGGUGAACUCCACGCCGGCCAGCUGCGUCCAGAUUGGCCUGUACCACUACUUCGAAGACCGGGGGCCCAUCGACCUCGUGGUGUCCGGUCCGAACUACGGCCGCAAUACAACCGCGCUGUUCGCCAUGUCGAGUGGAACGAUCGGCGGGGCCAUGGAGGCGGCUGUGUGCGGGAAACAUGCCAUUGCGCUGUCGUACGCCUUCAGCUCGCGGGACCACGAUCCUAUCGUCAUUGCGGAGGCAUCACGCCAUUCGGUCCGCUUAAUCGAAUACCUGCAGAAGAACUGGGCCGAGGGGGUGGAUCUGUAUACCGUGAAUGUUCCGUUGGAGCCCGGAGUUAGCGAGAGCAAGGUGGUCUACACAAAGAUGCUCGAUAACCGGUGGUCAUCGGGCAGCUGCUUCAAGGCGGUCGAUGCGUCGAGGCCAACGGAUUCGCCAGAGAGGCAGGAGGAGAAGGUGCGACACCAGAGCGAGGUCAACGGGGUUGAUGCGCCAGUGAAGAAGACUCGGAUUCAACACAAGAACUUUGAGUGGGCGCCGAACUUCACGGACGUGUACAGAAGCGUCGAUGAGGGUCCGCUAGGAAAUGAUGGCUGGACCGUGAAGGAGGGGAUGACCAGUGUUACGCCUCUGAGGGCCAAUUUCAUGCACACACCCGGCAUCGAAGGGGAGAUCAAGCUACCGGAUACGGAUAAUAAUGAACAACCUGCACUCUACACUCUCGUGGACAGCGAUGACCCAUAUGUCCAGCGCCUGAUGGAGCGGGCCCUACAGCGUCGGCUGGGAGAGGGUCAAUCUCGAGCCAUCACCUCCCUGGACGACCUUCCGUCACGAACCACCCCGGUCUUCCAAUAUCGGGAAUACGAACGACUCGAGUUCGAGCACAUCAUGGUGCACUCAUCCACUUCGCUCGCCAACGCCUACAUCAUCCGCAAGGCCUUGAUCCGCAAGCACUACCUCUCCAACACGGUGACCAACUGGGUGACCAAACACCCGGACAGCGUGCUCGCCAAGCACUUCAAAUUCGCCUUCGACUUCGAGCUCGACUACGCCGAAUUCCUCGACGACGCCCUCCUGGAGGCCUACGAGCUCCGCGAGAGCCUCGACAAGAACGAGACCGUCCCCGAGGAAGAGAAAGAAUGGUGGAUCCUCAAACCCGGGAUGAGCGACCGCGGCCAAGGCAUCCGACUCUUCAACAGCGAAGACGGACUCCGUGAGAUCUUCGAGGAAUGGGAAGUGCCCGACUCAGACAACGAGAGCGGAUCGGAGCGCCCCGAACCCUCCGACACCGAAGACAACGACAAUAACGACAACGGCGUCAUGCUCGCCCUCUUCGCCGCCAAACCCUACUGCCCGCCCUGGGAAGACGAAGACGAAGUCAAAGACCUAGCCCGCCACCUCACCAACACCUGCUUCCAGGACGGCGGGAGCAGCAACGCCGAAUCCGUGCGUCGCUUCUGGCAGCUCGAGGACUACAUCCCCGGCCUGGGCGGCGCCUGGAAGGAGAACGUCUUCGAGCAGAUCUGCGCCGUCACCGGCGAGAUCUUCGAGGCCGCCGCCCGCGGCAUGAUGGUGCAUUUCCAGACCCUGCCCAACGCGUUCGAGCUCUUCGGGGUCGACUUUCUGGUCGAUAAGGCCGGCAAUGCCUGGUUGCUGGAGCUCAAUGCCUAUCCGGAUUUCGCGCAGACCGGCGAGGAGCUUAAGGAGAUGGUUGUGGGGAGGUUGUUUGAGGAGACGGUCGAUGUGGCGGUUAAGCCCUUCUUUGGGGUUGGUGGAGAGGAGGCCGUGAAGGGCACGGAGGGGUUGAGGUUGGUUAAGGAUUUGGAUUUGGGGAGGAAGAAUUAG